AUGAAUUAAUGGAAACCAUCAAAUAAAUUAUUUGGCGGAUUUAUAUAUAUAAUUACAGGUUAUUUAUUUAAAUAUUUAAAAUCCUAAAAUAAUAAAAUAAAAAAAGGUAUUUAUUUAUUAGUAGCCGGUAUAUUGUUUGCAAUCAAAAAUGAAAAAGUAAUAGAAUAUAAAAUAGAAUAUAGUCAAAUUUAAAAAUGCGGAUUUAAAUAAAUAUGUGAAAUAGAGUUAAAUAUUAAUUAAGAAAUAAAAUAACCAGUCUUUAUAUAUUAUGAAAUGAAAAACUUUAAUUAAAACUAUUAAAAAUACAUAGAUUCAUAUAAUUAAGAAUAAAUAUAUUAAGCUUAAAAAUUAUAUAGCCAUUAAGAUAAUUGUGAACCUUUUAGAACAAAUUAAUAAAUAUGUGAUAAACUUAAAGAAUUAAAAAUAAUUUAGUAAUCCAAUGAAUAUAGAAAUAUUCUUGGAUAAUAAUUUACUUAAUAAUAAAUGGAAUAAGUCGCUAUACCUUGUGGAAUAAAAGCUUUUACAUAUUUUAAUGAUGAAUAUAAAUUAUAUAAAAUUGAUGGAAAUUAAAAGUAAGAAAUUAAUAUAAAAAGUGAUAAUAUUUCAUGGGAAUUUGAUUAAAAAAAUAUUAAAAAUUAUGAUGCUUAAUAAUAAUGGAUAAAUAUAGAAAAUUAAAGAUUUCAAAAUUGGAUUAGAGUUUCUGGUUUAUCUAAAUUUAAAAAAUUAUGGGGUAAAAUCGAUUAAGAUUUAAAAACUGGGAAUUAUAUUAUAGAAAUAAAUAAUAAGUUUGAUUAAAAAAUAUAUAAUACAUAUAAAAAUAUUCUUAUUAAUAAUGUUACUUCUAUUGGAGGUAAGAAUCCUGUCUUAGUAAUAGCUCAUUUAGUUGGCGGAUCUGUUACUCUACUAUUAGGGUUUGUAUUUAUUAUAUAUCAUAUUAAAACUAAAUCUAAUAAAUGA